UAAUAUAAACAUUUAUACUGUAGUUUGACCACUAUAAGUUAAUGUUACAUAAUUAGUUAAGCAUUUUAAAUUAUACUAAUUUUUUYGUUAGGGAUACAGUAAUGGUAGCUCUGAGUUCUUGGAUUAGAGGAAAACAUACCUUAUUAAUAUGGAGUUCGGCAAUUGCUGUUUUAAUAUUUCGUUCAGAAUUGGUUAUUUAUCUAGGUAUUAUUAUACUGAUGGAGUUGUUAUAUAAGCGUCUGAAUCUAUUUAGGGGAUUAAAAAUUGGAUUUUUUGCGGCAACUAUUGUUUUGAUUUCAAGUAUUGUCAUUGACUCUAUAUUUUGGGGUCGCCCAGUAUGGCCAGAAGGAGAAGUUUUAUGGUUUAAUGCAGUGCUCAAUAGAAGCAGUGAAUGGGGUGUAUCCUUUUCAACCAAAGCAGUCAACUUUUUUAUGCCAUAAUAAAUAUUAUGAUGGUUGUUCAUAUCUACUAUUAAAUAAUGUUACUUAAAUAAUUUUUGUA